UUUACCCUUCACCUCACAACCGACAACAUCAAGCGUGAAGCGUCAUGUUGUUCAGCUGAACGACUCUCAGCCGUACGCACGUUCAUACCGGAUGAUUAAACGGUUGUAUAGUUGAUACCGUCAGCUUUAUAUUUUACAUCGGUGCUCUCGUUACUUUGUGAAAAUUCCGCCGAAAAAGACAAGACGGUUUAGCUCAAAUGCGCGCGAUUUCUCCGGUGUGUAUGUAAACUACGAGAAUAACUUGGGGGCUUUAGAUUACCGACAGCAGUUUGACUUCAACGCCAAGCCCCCUUGGGAUCCUAGCUGAUAGCUGGAGAGGUCAACCUUUGACCUGUCCAUUGGAUAUCGCUUGGACCCAAGAGCCCUGAGGCUUCUCAUCAUACAGUGAUCUGAAUGAGUAUGAAGGGAACUCUGGAUGGUGUGCGUCAUUCUGUGGAGCUGCUGAAAGACAGUACAGCUCUCAGAGAUGUGAUCGAUAAACACAUCCAUGACCAAACUCUUGCACAUAAGAGUGCGUUUUUUGUAGCGGACCUUGGCGUGAUCGUGUGGCAGCAAGUUCGCUGGAGUGCUCAAAUGGAGCGGGUUCUGCCGUUCUACACGGUUCGGUGCAACAGCAGUCCCGUGGUGAUCGAGAUCCUGGCUGCUCUCGGCACUGGCUUCGUUUGCUCCAGCAAGCACGAGCUGGAUUUGGUGAAGGGCUUCGGGGUCUCGUCUCAUGACAUCAUGCUCGGUGGCACGUGUAAGCAGCUGUCUCACAUCAAGUACGCGAGCAAACACAACAUCCCACUCCUGAUUUGUGACAACGAGGUCGAGUUGAGGAAGAUCGCUCGCUGCCAUCCCAAAGCAAAGGUGGUACUGCAGUUGAUGUCAGAUAGCUGUUGUGAAAGAGAAAAAACAGCGCUGGUCUUCGGCUCGACGCUGAAAGACUGCAGACAUCUGCUAGAAAACGCCAAAGAACUCCAUCUGAACAUUGCAGGAGUCAAAUUCAACGUUGCCAGUUGUGGUCAGGACACAGAAGCGUUGUGUCGUGUGGUGUCUAACGCCCGCUGUGUCUUUGAUAUGGGGGAGGAGCUCGGCUUUGAAAUGAAUAUUCUUGACAUCGGGGAAGGCUUUGACGGAAGCGAGGCGCAGUUAGAAAAGAUUAACACGACACUGAGACCCAUGCUGGACAUGUACUUUCCUCCAUCAAGCGGCCUGUCAGUCAUUGCUGAACCUGGAGCUUUUUAUGUGUCCUCUGCCUUCACGCUGGCUGUGAAUAUAAUCGCUAAGAAAACUGUGGGACGAGAUUUUAGUGGUCAAACACACAAUCCACUGUCAGCCAAUGACGAGCCAGAGUUUCUCUACUACAUGAAUGAUGGGGUUUAUGGGUCUUUUGCCAAUAAGCUGUUGUGUGAAGAUUCUAUAUCGAAGCCGCUGGUGCACAAGGGAGUGGCUGCAGAAGAACCCCUGUUCUCCAGCAGUUUGUGGGGUCCAUCUGAAGAUGAUCUGGAUCAGGUGUUGGAUCAAUGUCUCCUGCCAGAACUUGCUGUAGGCGACUGGCUUCUUUUUCUCAGCGCGGGGGCAAACAGUCUGAGGACAGCGUUCACUAACGGAGACGAACGCAAACCGCCUGUUUUCUACACCAUCACUGAACGUGACUGGAAAGAGAUGGAUAAAUGUGUCAUCAGUCUGGACAGGAGGAUAAAGAACUUCUCUCUGGUACCGUGCUGCCUGCAGCCAAACAUGUCAGAUACGCCUGUCUCUACUCCAGCCUAACACAAAGCCUCAUGAGUUUGAUUACUCUCGUGUUUUAUAAAGGGAGAUUUUAGGCACUUAAGAACGUGAUGUCUUCAGUUGCUUCGAAGGAGUUUGAACGUGACCAGAUAGUAGAUGCUUACAAACUCAAUAGCCGUUAGAACUGAUGAAUUUACUGCUAAUAAAUGUGGUUAGCUUCAACAGAACAGGCCAGCUGGCGUUUGCAGAUAUUGCUUUAUUAUAUUUAAGGCCGUUUUAUAAAUAUAAACACAACGCAUAUGAAUAUCUCUUGAAAAGUCAGUCAUGUAUGCCACAGGCAAAGGUUAUUUAUUAAAUCUAGACUAUUUAUCACGUCUAGUUUCGUCAUCAGAUGCGUCUCAAGAAAUGUGCUCUGGAGUUUGGAUUAUGGUAUGGUUUUGGAUUGUGAAUAUAAAUGAUCAAGAAUGUCGAUAAUCUGGAUAAUCGUGAUCUUUGACAUUUGAACUGCUGCAUCGAUAGACCAGCCGAGUAAUAUCGAGGAAUCUAUACGUUUUUUAAUAGACGAACUGCAAUGGAAACUUUGUAUGUCAGAAAACAGGUAGAAAUCGUAUGGCAGAAAUAUACUUGACGAAGUAUGCAAAAAGUAACAAGCAUCAAUAUUCUAUAGAGUGAUCGUUUCUGUUAAAUAUCUGUGCAUUUGUGGAGUGACAUGCACAGAAUUGUGGACACUAAGAAAAAUGUAUAAAAAAGUUAAAGAGUACAUUUCGAUUUCCUUUGAAAAGGUUCUUAUCAAACGAUUCUAUUCUUUUACCUACACAGUAGUUUGUCUUGUAUAGGGACACAGAGAAUGCAACACAACAUGCGUUCAAGAGAGUGUGCCGAUGCACAAACUUAAAAAGAUCCUGUGUGACUGGAAGCGUCUGUGUUUAUGUGCUGGUAUAGGGUUUGCUUCAGUCUAGUUUCUCUGAACGUCAGGUGAAGCUGGACUUUGUGUUAAGAUAUCAACAGCGUUAUAUCAGCAUUGAUGUGUUUUGCGCUGGCUGGUCUCAGAAUGUGUUGAUGGUGGGAGCAUGUGAUGCUGGGUAAAGCAGGAGAAGUGGGUUUAAUAUAAGGAUUGAAAACCCUUGGUUAUAUGAUUGCUCUUUUGCUGUAAGAUCAUUUUAAAAAGAUGAUGACAAGAAUGAGAAAAAAUGUUCCAUCAUAUCAGAACACGUACUGUAGAAUCUUUGUUUGCCAUUUACAGUAUUUGCCUUUUCAUGACCAAGUUGUGCUGUCAAUAAAUGAUAUUAAAUGGCUUUGUG